AUAUAUAUAUAUAUUAUAGGUCCAGUUGUAGCUGGAGUUGUUGGAUUAACUAUGCCCAGGUAUUGUCUUUUUGGUGAUACAGUUAAUACAGCUUCUAGAAUGGAAUCUAAUGGAGAAGCAUUGAAAAUACACAUUAGCUUACAGUGCAGAGAUUACUUACAGAAACUCGGUGGGUAUAUAAUAGAGGAAAGAGGAAUAAUUAAGAUGAAGGGAAAAGGUGAAGUGAAAACUUUUUGGCUAUUAGGCCAGUGCAAUCCAAGAGCGCACAGAACAUUACCUCAUGAUCAAAUAUUACCUCAACCACUUUUCAGUGCUGUUAGAGACUCGGAAAUAAGGAGGAGAAGUCCAAAAUUAGAUCAUCCUCGUAGAGGAUCGUUAGCGGUGCGUAACGACGCGUGUCAUUUAGAAGAUGUAGUUGCAGCAAUGUCUCACGGAUCAAUUCCAUCUUAUUUGAGGAAUNAAUAA